ACAGAGACAAAUACUCUCUCUGCUCCAAAUUCCUUGUCUCUCUCUCUCUGAGUUCUCCUCAAGUCAGCAAAGAUCAAAACUUCGACCCAUUCAAAUUCUUAUUUCCAAGAAAGUCUCACAUUGGCAUUACAAGGAACUCUAAAGGCGUGUUUUUGAUGGUUUAAAGUUGAGUUUCGAGUUUCUCUUCUUCUUCUUCUUCUUCUUCUUGUUCUAGAUCUGCUUCUACAGGAGGAUCAAACAUAGAACCGGUAACGAGAUGGUUAAAAAGGCGAAAUGGCUCAAGAACGUUAAGAAGGCUUUUAGCCCAGAUUCAAAGAAGUUGAAACAUGAAUCUGUUGAGUGUCAAGAUAGUGUAAUCUCUUACCCUGUCUUGAUUGCCACAUCCAGAAGUUCUCCUCCUCAGUUUGAAGUUAGAGUUGAUGAGGUCAACUAUGAACAGAAGAAGAAUCUGUGUCCUCCUUCUUCAGUUUCUGUGACUCCUACUGUUGCACAUGUUCUUGUAGAUUCACCUCCAUCUUCUCCUGAAUCUGUUCAUCAAGCUAUAGUUGAUGAUAGGUUUGCAGGCAAGUCAAAGGAAGAUGCAGCUGCCAUCUUAAUUCAGUCUACGUUUAGGGGUUUUCUUUCUUUAAGUCUUUCUUGUGUAAUGAGGGGGCAGGCAAGACUUAAGCUACUGAUGGAAGGAUCGGUUGUACAACGGCAAGCUGCAAUUACUCUGAAAUGUAUGCAGACCCUCUCUCGUGUACAGUCACAAAUCAGAUCUAGAAGAAUCAGGAUGUCAGAAGAGAAUCAGGCUCGACAUAAGCAACUUCUUCAGAAGCAUGCCAAAGAGCUAGGAGGCUUAAAGAAUGGGGGUAAUUGGAACGACAGCAAUCAGUCGAAGGAACAGGUUGAAGCGGGUAUGUUGCACAAGUACGAGGCGACAAUGAGAAGGGAAAGGGCAUUGGCAUAUGCAUUCACACAUCAGCAAAAUUUGAAGAGCAACUCGAAAACUGCAAAUCCGAUGUUCAUGGAUCCCAGCAACCCGACUUGGGGUUGGAGCUGGUUAGAGAGGUGGAUGGCUGGCCGGCCAUGGGAGAGUUCAGAGAAAGAACAAAACACAACCAACAACAACAACAACGAAAACUCCUCGGUCAAGAACUCGACUAACCGUAAUUCCCAUGGAGGAGAAACCGCAAAAUCUUUGAACCGCAACAAACUCAAUAUCUCGACUCAAUCCAAUACCCCAUCAUCAUCAUCCACUGCCACCAGAAACCCGAGAAAGAAGAGGCCAAUUCCAUCGCCCAUAAAAUCCAAAACCAGUGAUGAUGAGGCCAAGAGCUCGGAGAAGAACCGUAGGCACAGCACUGCAAGGUCAUCAGUUAGUGAUGACGAGACCCUGACUAGCUCAACAGCUAAACGUAGUAACCAUCUGAUUCCCACCACAAAACCAGUACGAGGCAAGCCCAAGCCCCAGAGCUCAUCACGUGCAGCGGUGACCACAACCACAACGGAGGAAAACAGUGUAUUACCGGAGAAAGCACCAGCAAAGAAACGGCUCUCCACCUCGGCUUCACCUGCACCCAAACCCAGACGAUCCUCAGCCCCACCAAAGGUGGAAAAAGGCGCUCUCAAAGCAGAGAGAACGCCGUGACCAACCGAGGUAUAAAUAAUUCAUCAUUAUAUGAUUUUUUGUCGCCAUGGAUAUGGAGUUAUGAGAUUGUGUAUCAGCUAUAAGCAAUGUUGGUUACAAGAAAGUGUUACGAUGAUUCAUUUGUGCAGUGUAAGUCUCUCUAUCGUUUAUUACUAGAAUAAUACUUACAACUUCAAGAACUCUCUGUGUCAUUAUGAUCUUGUUGGCAGUGAAACGCAUAUUUCGUUGACGUUGCCAA